GUGCCCCGCAAACAAGACCAGAAGUUGAAGGUGGACGAUCGAUUCAAGGGGAUGUUAAGCGAAGAGAGAUUUCAGCUCAAUCACAAAGUUGAUAAGUACGGUCGGAAAGAGAAGAACACCACAAAGGACAAGUUGACCAAGUUUUACAACAUUGAGGGUGACGAUGACGAGGCUGGCGGAGAUGGAGAGGAAGACGAGGACGAAGACGGAGUGGAGCACGCCAAAGUCAGUAAGCAAAGCGCCGAAUACGACCCAGCCCGCGGCAUCGGAGUGGUGGGGUCGUCGUCAGAAGAAAGCGAAGACUCGUCUGACGAGGAAACCGUUAAGGCAGCGCGAAAACGUAUGGGAUUGGGAGCUGAGCCAGAGAGUGAGAGCGAAAGUGAAGAUGACGAUGUAGACUGGAUGGACGAGGAGGAGCAAACAAACCGGUUUGCUGUGCAGGGCAUGGAUUGGGAUUACGUACGAGCCGUGGAUCUCCUGUGCCUGUUGGAAUCCUUCAAACCUGCGGCGGGUAUUGUGAAGAGUGUCAAAGUAUACCCCUCUGAGUUCGGAACGGAGCGCAUGGCCAAGGAGGACAUAGCUGGCCCAGAAGCCUACGGUACGAUAUAUCUGUCACGCACGUCUCGUUGA